UUUCCAUUUUUUUCUUGCAUUUGAGCUCUUAAUUUCCUUCUUGUGAUUGUUCCGAAAUAUUAUAAUCUUAUCUCUCGCAUGAACACUGUAUGCUGUUCUUUAUUUGAAACGUUAUCUCCACCAGGUUAACUGACUGGUUGUUCGAGGAAGGUGAAUGUCCUGUCCACAAGAAAAACAAUUGACAAUGGCUUCUAGAGCAAUUUUAAGGAGGAGAAGAUUUGUUUCUGAUUACCUGCAUUCGUCGUUAUGCCCAAUCCAGACCUUCCAGUUUCUUGGCCAUCCAACUCAGAAGUUGGAAUUAUGUGGUUAUAUAUCUAAUGUGGACCAUUCAUCUGAAGAUUUUAAUCAUCCAAAGAAACUGGAUGUAAAUUCAGUUGUGCAACAGGGUUUACUGGGUUUUUCAAGAUCAGGAUACUUUAGAUAUAAAUCUCAGGGAAUCUCAGUUUUGAGUCCUGGAAGUAGAAGAUUCCAAUUCAAUUCUCCACUGAGUGUCAGAUUGAAGGCGUAUUCUGUUCGGUGUGCCUCAACAGCUAUUGCUAGACAACCUGAACCUGGUAGUGAUGAUGAGGGAAAUGAAGAAUUAGUUGCAAAAAGGAGAAAGGAAGCAUCUGCAGAAGAAUGUGAUCAAGCUGUUGAAGGUUUGAGUACUGCUAAAUCGAAAGCCAAAGCUAAACACUCGCAAGAUUCUCAGAAGGUUGUCAAAUCCAUUUUGCAAAGAGUAUGGGCCACAGUUCUUCGGAUUGGUCCUGCUUUAAGAGCUGUAGCUUCAAUGAGCAGGGAAGAUUGGGCAAAGAAACUUGUUCAUUGGAAACAUGAAAUUCGCUCUACUUUGCAACACUACUGGUUGGUUUUUAAGCUACUUUGGGCUGAUGUGAGGAUCAGCUCACGAUUGCUGCUAAAGCUGGCUGGUGGUAGAAGUUUAUCUAGAAGGGAGAGACAACAACUGACUCGAAUUACUGCCGAUAUCUUUAGGCUAGUUCCAUUUGCAGUUUUUAUCAUAGUUCCAUUCAUGGAAUUUCUUCUGCCUGUUUUCUUGAAACUGUUCCCUAACAUGCUGCCAUCUACUUUUCAAGACAAGAUGAAAGAAUAGGUAGAGAGGCAUUUUUCAAUUUUUGCUUGCUUUUAUGGUUAAUUUGAUUUAUAACGCUUUGCUGUUCAAGCUUUAUUCUUUAAGUACUUUUUCCUCUUUUUAGAAAUUAGAACCUCUCAUGUUAAAGCCAGAACCAUUGAUCUUUUGGUUUAUCUUUAUUCAUGAUUCAUAAUGUUGGUGGGAAUGAGUGCAUCGUUGUCUUUGUCACACUUGAAAUGAUAUUUCAUUAUUUGUUUAGUUUUCUUCCAAACCAAGAGUUUGUUAUUCACCAUAAUUUUAUUGUGGUUGCUUAUGUGAAAAUUUGCAUUGCAUGAAGUUUUCUGAUUAUUAUUAUUGUUGUUGUUGUUUAUUCGGAGAAGAAGUGUUGUCAGAUCUUAAUACUUGAUUGAGAGCAUGUAUGUGAACAAAUUUUUUAACAAAUUUUAUGUUCACCUUGAUUUAAGCUUCUUAAAUGGAUAUGAAUGAGUUUUUAACAGAUGGAAUGUUGAAGUACCUUGCCCCAGAGAAAUAAAGAGGGAAGUAAAAAAUAUAGGGAAAUGGAUCAAUAACAUAAACAUGACGAGGCUAUAAUAUCAAGUAUAAUUGAUAAUCUUUAUUGGGCUAUUUCUGAUAAUUUGAAGUCAAGAGAUAUACAUCAAUAGGGAUAGGCCUUGCUAUAUGAAUCAGGAUUAUCUUAAGGUAUUCUUACAUCUUUUUGCAUUUAAUCACAGGGUAAUCUGCAGAAUAUAUGUUUUCCAGACAGGAAUAUUAUCUAGACAAUUGAAUGGUCUGUCUUGUCAAAAAAAAUUGAAUGGUCUGCGCUAUUUCUGUUGUGUCCUACAUGAGGGAAUGUUGUGGCUUUGGAGAAGUAUUACCAAAUGAGUGCUUUACGUCUGGUUUAUUGUCGGUACCAUUUCUUUUUCUGUGUGUGGCAUGCCCCUGCACCCUCCCCUUUUUUUGGUC